GGAGAUGGCUCGAUCGUAUGAUAAAAAUUUAGAUCAAUUUUCAUCGCAUACAUAUAGCUCUCAGGGAACUGAAGUGUUUUGGAAAAUUAUGCAGUUCGAUUAAAAACUGCAAAAGACAUCACAACAAUUGUCUUCAUUCGGCUGUGUAUGGUUAGAUAGAUUUACAAAUUGUCUGUAAACAUGGAGGAAAAAGAAAGUGGUAGGAAAGAGAAGGCGAGAGAAUGUAAAAAAUGUCGGCUAGGAAGAUCACAAAUGUUACACAUGUAUGAAGGAUCAGCAACCAUCCAUGGUGUACCUAAAAUAUUGUCUCCUCAGCUGUAUUCUUUUAGACGAUAUUUGUGGACAAUAAUGUUGCUAGUGAUGACCACUGGUUUGGUCAUUUUCCUGUAUAAAUCGUUUACAAGAUAUUAUGAAUAUCCUAUCAUUACGAAUACACGACUGGAGUUUAACCACGAAAUGCAGUUUCCAGCAGUUACUAUCUGUAACGCCAACCAAUUCCGUCAACAUAAAAUACCCAAUGACGACUGGGAAAUCAAAGACCUUAUUUUUAAAAUGAGCGAGAUGUCCGUUUUAAGCGAAUACUUUGAGCAGCAUUUUGCAUGGAGCUCACCAGAAUUUUCUUUCAUCUCUGAUCCCGAAGCUCAUAUGGGUAAAAAUUUAUACAAAUUUGCGCUAAACGCCGCCCAUAAAAUGGAGGACAUGUUUAUUGUGUGUAUAUGGGCAGGUGCUAUUGUUGAUUGUUCUAAAUAUUUUGAGACAGUUAUCACCGAUAUGGGUGUGUGUUAUACCUUUAAUUCCAACAGAUCGUCACCAAUGACGUCAUAUGGAUCAGGUUCUAUGAGUGGACUAAGGGUUAUUGUAGAUAUUCAACAACCGGAAUAUUAUUUCUCUCAGAUAUCUUUGGCAGGGAUUAAGGUUUUAUUACAUGAACCAGGUUCCGCCGCCAUGUUGACAUCAAGUGGAUUUGUUGCACGACCAGGUUCGUCAACUGCCGUCACCAUCAAAAAAGAAAGAAUUGACGGAUUGAGUAAACCGUAUAAAGCUUUUGGAUCUGAAUAUUGUGUGACGUCACAUGAACCUGGUUUCAAGACGCCAUUACACAGAUACAAAGAUUAUAUUUAUACACGACAGACAUGCGCAAUGAACUGUUUAACGGAUGAUUACGUCAAACAUUGUAAUUGCUGUAGUUUAUUUGAUAAAGGUGAAGAAGAAUAUUGUUCUUUAAGAACAUUAACAGAUUGUUACAUUCCUUAUAAAGCCGUGGCCAACAUAUCUGAUAUAUUAAAGAACUGUACUUGUCCUAGUCGUUGUGUUAAAGAAAAAUAUAUAUCUUCAAUAUCCGUGGCUGAUUUUGCUUCUACAUUCACCAAGGACUAUAUGGUAAACAACGGAAUACUUAAAAAUAGAAGUGGUUCAUACAUCAGUGAUAAUGUGAUAGAUUUAAGGAUUUAUUAUGAAACAUUAACAGUUACAGUUACUGAACAGAAAGAAGAAAUCACCAUAGAAACUAUAUUAGGUGAUUUGGGAGGUCAGAUGGGGUUAUUUAUAGGAGCUAGUGUUUUAUCGGUGAUUGAAGUAAUCGAGUUUGUAACAUUGUUAUUCAUUGGUUGGUAUAAUGAACGACAAGAUAAAUUAAAGACAAAACCAGCUCCAUUGGAACAUAUUAAUAAAAUAUCAUCAGACAGUUAUUUGUGAUUCAUUCUGUUAUUUGUCCACCUAUAAAUAAAUCCAAGAUGGCGACUCGAUGUCGAGAAGGGUAGCAACAAGUCUAUACCAUCGUUCACUUUUCCAGAAUAACAUGAAAUGUUUGUGUCUGUAGUUUCCAUUGCACAGCGAGACCCAAGAAAGUCAAAGCAUGAAAUGUUAGUGUCUUUAGAUACAAUUGUACAACGAGACCCAAGAAAGUCACAACAUGAAAUAUAGGUGUUUUAAAUAUAAUAGCACAACAAAAUCCAAGAUGGCGACUUGAUGCAGAGAAGGAUAUCAACAAGUUUAUACCCUUGUUCACUUUUCCAAAACAGAGCCACAUUUCAUAUCGUUGUUAAAACUAUGAUUAAGAGACGUGAUGUAGAGAGUUAUACAUGUUCAAUAUCACUGUUAACAAAGACAAUAUGGACUCCUCACAAGAGAGACGUGGUGUAGAGAAGGGUGUCAAUAAGUUUAUAUGUGUACACUCUUCUAAAAUGAAAUCACAUACAAUAUCAUCGUUAACCACUUGGACUCCUCACAAGAGAGAGAGAGAGCAACAAUUUUAUUUGUGUUCACUUUUCCAACAUGGCAUCAUAUUCAAUAUCACUGUUAACCAAGUGGAUUCCUCACAAGGGAGACGUGUGUGGAGAAACGGUCAACAGUUUUAUACAUGUUCGCUUUUCUAAAUUCAAUAUCACUGUUAACCAAGUGGAUUCCUCACAAGGGAGAUUUUAUGUAGAGAAAGGGAUUAGUUCUAUACGUGUUACAGAUUCCAAGAUCAAGUAUUAUGUCACGAUUAACCAUUUUAUUGUUAUAUUUUUAAAUCUCGCGGGUAUUGUAAUCCAUUUGAAUCUCGACCAUCCGAUGGUCUGGAGAGUUGAAUAUUGGCUUGCCAUGCGAAUAAAUGUCUUAGUAUUAAUCUAUUUAACAUUUGAAGCCCGUCACAAAAGAUCUGCAAUAGGCAGUUUUAGCUCUUACACGAUCCAUCUGUAAUGUUAAUAAAUGUUUUUUUGGUUGUCACCUAAUUUUGGAAUCAGAGUUUUCAAAUGUUAUAUUUGAGAAAAGUUGUUUGUAAGGUCACUAAUAUCUUGCCACAAUUCUACUCGGUGUUGACCGGAAGGGUUUCUUUGGAUCGUCCAGCCUGGCUUUCUCUUGUUAGUGGUGCAGGAGGGAGAGUCUGACUUUUUCUUGUUAGUGG